CAAGUGGCUUAUCAAAAUGGUCUGGAUAAUUCAGCACACCUUCUCUCUUGUACUAACAUUACAUGUUAUAUACUCAACUCUGGUUCCCGUGAGGGCUGAGGAGGAGACCAGAGAAUGCAGAGAACAGGAGUACAAGGACCGGUUUGGGAACUGUAAACCCUGUAAGCAGUGUGAUGCAGGGCAGGAGCUUUCAAAGGAAUGUGGCUUUGGUUAUGGAGAGGAUGCCCGGUGCGUGCCCUGCCGGAGCAGCCGCUUCAAAGAGGACCGGAGCCUGCAGAAGUGCAAGCCCUGCCUGGACUGCGGACUAAUCAACCGCUUCCAGAAGGGCAACUGCUCCACCACCAGCAACGCCGUGUGUGGAGACUGUCUGCCCGGAUAUUACAGGAAGACGAAAUUAAGUGGUUUCCAGGAUAUGGAGUGUAUACCCUGUGGGGACCCUCCGCCUCCCUAUGAGCCUCACUGCAGCGGGCGUGUGAAUCUAGUGCCUCUGCCCUCGGUGGUGACCAGUCCCCAGGAUAUGGCCCUGGCCGCGGUCAUCUGCAGCGCUCUGGCUACAGUGCUGUUGGCUCUGCUGGUCCUCUGUGUCAUCUACUGCAAGAGACAGCUGCUGGAGAAGAAACCUAGUGCAACCUCUCUGAGAUCACAGGAUUGUCCGUACAGCGGGGCGGAGCUGUCCUGCCUGGACCCCCGCUGGCUCCACGACUUCCCCCAGAGACCCUGCUGCCAGUGUCACCUGGGCCCUGGACAUACCUGUGGUCCAGUCCAUUUGAUCCCGUCUCUGUGCUGUGAUGAGAGCUGCAGUCUGGGCCGCAGCCAGGAUAACAGUCCCUUCCAGUCUCAGACAAGCCUCAGUGAUGGAAAUAAAAACCAGGAUGAGGAGGGCAACCCAGUGCAGCUAGGAGGACAUCCAGAAUCUGUACCUGGAGAGGCUGCUGGGGCGACUGGGAACUCAGAACCUGCAGGGAGACCAGAGGAGGACGAGGAAGUAGAUGAGCGCAGGUCAAGAGAGAAUUCACCUGAGAGGACCAGACAGAGCUACAGUGAAGCUGUGACAGAUGCACUUCUUCCCAAGUAACACCCGACGACUCAAGAAGGUGAGGAGACAUUAUCCUCUGAUCUUAUGGAUUGCGUCAAGACACUCCCCUGGCAUUUCAAAUGAGUUGCCUCAGAGCAAACUGCUGGAUGAUUCUCAAAGAAGAAAUGUGGCCUCUCCCACUCCAGAAAACAAUAUAUGAAUACUCCAGUCCCUACUGAGAUGUUAACGUUUCAAAUUUCACAGCAUUUAACUUAUUCCUAAUGACAUUAACAGACUAAAUCUGUGAGACAAGUCUCAACUUCUCUCCAACUACUGCACGCUAUCCUUUUAUAACUCUUCAUUUUUAUGGACUGGGACAGUGCUGCGUGUAUGUCCAUGAAGAGCAGCUGGUAAAAGAAACAAGAGAUAGCACGAGUUCUUUGAUGUAGACAAGACUAUCCUGUUUUAAGUCGGCCCCUGGCUGGCUCUGGGUAGAUACGUUACUAAUCGCUGCGCGUCUGUGUUCCUCUUCCUGCUCUCUCUCCAGGAUGACAUGGAUUUCUUUGGCUCAUGUUCCACCCUUGAACCACCCUGGACUCAACAACAGCAGCGGCCAGAUCCCGUUUCAGAUUACCCCCUCCCAAAAAAAAAAAAAAAAAAAACUCCACCAAUACACACAUACACAGCCACUCUCAAGUGUGGUCGUACUGCCUCUUUGAAAUGCCUGCAGCUGACCUCAGAGUCCCUCAUCAAAGGGUCCAAAUGGAAUAUGUACAUACAUGCAAACAAAAAGCACUGCUGAGGAAAAGCAAAGCACGAGGGCAAAGGCAUACAGACACACAAACACACACACACACACACACACAUACACACAGAGUCAUGUUUCCAUCACUUCAGAGGACAUUACAUACACUUACAUUCAUUUCCUGGAGACUUAUCCUUAUCUUCACCAUUACCGCAACUUGCCUAACCCUUUCCCCUAACCUUAAUAUAACCCUAAACUAAUCUUAACUUUAAACCAAGUCUUUGCUUUAAAAGUAAUGAUUUAGUAAUGGACUUGUUUUUUUUUUUUCCCCAAUAAUGGAGGUAAGUCCCCACAGCAUAUGGAGUUAGCUGGUUACACACACAUAUGUCAGAUCAUGGUCACAUUACAUAGACAUACAUUCAUUUCUUAAAGACUAACACUAAUCCUAACCAUAACCACUGACCCAAAAAUCCCAAUUAACUGGUCUUAAUUAUUCAAUUUGUCCCCAGAAGUAGCCUAUGACAUAACACACACACUCACACAGAGAGAGAGAGAAAGAGAGAGAGAAUGUGAACUUGUUGGCUCAGAAGGUGAAAGUGAAUGAAGUUGAAACAUCGAGGAGUAUUGACUGGUCAAAGUGAGCCUCAGCUCCGCUUUGAGAACGUCUUGCAUCGCCACAUGCAAGAGGAUAUAAACUGUACGGCAGAUCUAGCAGCUGGUGUUAUGAAGCUUUUGUGUGUAAAAGUAACAGUUCUAAAACAAA